AUGUUGAAUCGGGUCACGAUUCGUCUGCUUGGCGAGGGCGGAGCUGUGGAGGAUGGAGACGCAGUAGACGACGUGCAGAUUGACGUGGACUUUGAAGAUGAUGCAAAGGGAUGGAGAGUUGUCACCAUGGUUUUCCCUCUCGACGUGCAGGCGCCUGCGCUCAUUCCGCCACUCAUCGCAGCUCACGCCUCACUCGUAAGAAAGAACGGCGACGGCAAGAUAGCUUUGGAGGCUCUCCGCGUGCACAUCGAAUCUCCAACAUUUGAUCUAUUGCCGCAUCGUGUAUCCGACGUCGACUGCUUCGAAAGGCGGAUCCGACAGCUCAUUCGCUCGCGGAGACACACGCUAGGAAGGUCCUAUACGAGUUGCAACCGUGUUUGGGUUGAAGAGCAAGGGCAACUACAAGGGGGACCGGGAAGACAGACGGGCCCUAUGAGGACUAGUGAACGCGGGCAGGGUCUACGAAGGGAAAGUGCGCGCCGUGCCUCCGUGAAGCGGGGUGGUGGUGCGGUGACUGCUGGAGACGAGAAAGCCUGUUCUAGAGGCGAUACGGCGCGGUCAGGGAGGGUGAGGAAGUCGGCAAGAUGUACAGAUCUCACCGAAGCGUAG